UUGGUAAUGGUGGGAAAAAAACAUCUGUUGUAGUUUUAAUUGUCUAAUGUUCUAAAAAUUCUAAAAAUUGGUUUUAGUCACGCAACGACGACGAAAAAAGCCACUUUCUGGAAACAAUUUCUACCUUGAUGUAAAAGGUUACAAACAUAUCAAAGAGUUGGAAGAAAGGUUGACAUCGCUUGGAGCUGUAGGUUUCCCCGAGAUAUGUAACAUAAAAGCGUAAAAAACAGUUUGAUAUCCUCGACGAAACUUUUUUGUCUCUUAUAUCGACAUAGCAAAAAUGCCUGAGAACAAAAGUGUUUGUUUCUACUGCUUAGAUCAUUAAACUAUCGAUUUUAAAUUAAGAGUACAGAGUAAUACCUGAUUUCUAAAAAAAUUAACGGGUGAAAAAGUGUUAUUGGGCAUGGUAACUCUCCAGUCCCCGAAUACCGAUGGCCUUGAAAAUCCUAAACACAAAAAGUUAAUAAUAGGAAAGGCUGGGAUAAAUUUUGCUUUACAGCGUUUUACGUCUAGACGAUCGAGACCUUUCUAUCGAAAGAAGUAACAUAUUUCAUCACAAAUCAAUCAUCACAAGUCACUGCGCAGACCAGAAGAUCACCACGAAAUGCGAAUAAGAUUGUUACACGAUCACAGAAAAUGUUGGAGAAGGUACCUUCAAAACAAGGGACUCCUUCGCGAAGCGUUCAACAACGUGCUCGGGACUUGGGUCUGAGCAUCCAAAGUUUGGGGAAAGCAUUAAGAUGGCUGAAGGAAGUUGAGUCGACAUGUGAACAAACACAAGAAUCAAAAACAAAGAUUGCAUCCCAACCCUUGAAAUCUCCCUUCUUGAAAAUCGAAGAUCAUUCAAGAUCAUACCAACCAGUACACACGGAAUUAAAACAAUUUCCCCGCGUCAAUCUAAUGACAAGAUUCGAUCAAUCCCCAUAUGAUGAAAUCUACAAUCUUGUCAUUCCACCGGUGACGUCAUCUGCCGUUCUUCAAAACUUUUCAAAACGUCCCAGCUCAACUUCGAAGAAAGGAUACUGUGAACUCUGCAACGUGCAGUACACACAUCGUGGACAACAUUUGAAAGGGAGAAAACAUCAAAGCAUGAUCACGUCUGAACAUUUUCAAAGGCUGGAUGAAAUGAUAGCCCGAGGAGGGAAAUUUGAUUCGUUGAUAUAUGACCUGAGAAACAAAAAGAAAUCUUCUCAACAGAAGAGAAAAUCCCCGAGACAGAUUCACCGGAAAAAUUUAUCGUCAAACAGCACAGCAAAAACAAUCACGCCAUUGCAAGUUAGAUUUAGUCCAACAAAUGGCUACACAGUUAAGAAAAUCCCAACAAGAAGACAAGUUUCAUUUGAACCUCCCGACACAGCAACGCUUGACAACUAUUCAUGUAUGCAAGUUGACGAUUUGACGUUAAAAUUGAAGCGUGCACCACGUCACAGAGGUGAUGUCAAACGAAAGAACGUCACUCAGAACAGGUAGCGUUUGCUUGUUUACACAGGGUUUCUCAGUUGAUCAGCAUUAUACCCGCAUGGAAAAAUUUCGCGCACCUAAAUUUCUCAUAGCAUUGUACACUUGCAACUUUUCUUAAAAUAUCGAGUGGACUCAAUUUCGCAGAUGAGAGCCAUUUUGUUUUAUAAACAAUGCCAAAUUUGAACAAACACCCUAAAAAUUAAAAUUUUAAAAAAUUGCUACUCAAUGUGCAUGGAGUAAAACGAACUUAAUUUUCCUUCUUUGCCUUCCUUAGACUUUUUUGUAUAAAAUUAAUUUCGCGGCUCGGAUGAUUUAAGAAAAUAUCUUUUUAAUAUCUUUUUAUUUUUUCAUUAUCAUCUGUCAGUCAAAGUACAUAUGAAAAUAUUUUAUGGGACUAAAUUUUCCGUCACCCCAAAUUUUUGUCACGCAGGAGCGGUGAUUUGGUGUUUCCUAAUUUUAUGAAUC